ACAAAUUAACCCGCUCACUACGGGUUACGUGCAAUCCUCGACGAAAACAAAAUGGCGUUUGGAAACGCAGUCUACAAUGCGCUGUUUCGUCGGACGUCCACCUUUGCUCUGACUGCUGUAUUGGGCGGCGUUGUGUUUGAACGGUGGUAUAGCAGUUGGUCAGACUCAAUGUGGGAGAGAAUUAACAGAGGGAAACUGUGGAAGGAUAUUGCGCACAACUACGAAGAAGCAGACGAAUAGACUUAUGCUGAACAUCCGACUGUGUUGUGCACAUAUUAUAGACCAUUUCAUCUCUUGUAGUUCUGUCAUUGGUUAUAAAGUGGGUCAAACGU